AUGACCGCGAUUGUUGGACCAGAGAUGGAGAUGUGGACCGACGGGUCCGUUGUGCCAGACACUUUCUCCGGGUGGGCCUUCACCCUACCCUCACUGCCCGGAGCCACCACCUUCAAGGGCCAGUGGUUCGCGAAGCGCCGAGAGAGUGAUGUAACACUCACCGAGCUGCGCGGCAUCCGAGCAGCCCUGCAGUACCUGACGUCCUCGAGCCCUCGCGUCGGUGCGACCGAGGUCAACUCGGCACGCAGGAUAGAUAUCCACACGGAUUGCCAGGACGCUCUCGACGAGAUCAACCUGGAGCGGGGUGAUGGGUAUGAACUGCAUCGGAAUGCGUUCGGCUGGAAAUGCUACGUCGAAGACGUCCCUGCCCAUCACCUCGAUGUCGUGAGAGGCAUCAUCGCUUCAGUGGAGACCUUGCUGAGCCAGUACGGCAUCCGUGUGAUACUAUCCUGGCAAAGACGUCGUACGACUGCAGGCGGCAUAGUAGCGGACAACUGGGCCAGCCAGGGGGCGGUAACGGCGAUGAGGCUGGCGGGCACCACCCGGUACGAAGUGAACGGCACUUUUUAA